GAUCAAAACGCUUAAAGAACGAGACAAUUUUAUAGCGAUUAUGAUCGAUCUUUACAAUAAAACCCAGGGCAAAUUUCUUCGGGGCCCAGAAAAGAGGAAGCAAAAAAAAAAAAAACUCACCUUCUUCCUCGCGACUUUCUGUCCGCUCAGUUUUCUUCCUACGGUUGACUACUGCCUCCGAUCAAGAAAUCUUUAUAUAAAGUUGAAUUGAACUCUGUUUUCCUGCAAGAUUUGAGUUGGGUUUUAAUUUCUUUCCUGCAAUUCAAGUUGAAUUUCUCGAAUUGUGUUCAAGAUUGCGGAAAAAAUGGCUACAUCGCUAGCAGACCUUCUCCUCCGGAAACAAGCAAAGGAGCUCUCUUUUUACCCUACGGAUUUCUUCUCGGCCGGAUUAGUUGAUCAGAGCAAUCCAUUGGAGUGGGACGUGAUAAUCUUCGGCCUUGAGGGCACAAUUUAUGAGGGCGGAUUUUUUCAGGCCAAGAUUGAGUUCACCGGCGACUAUCCCAACAACCCUCCGACGGUUAAGUUCACCUCGGAGAUGUGGCACCCGAACGUGUACCCCGACGGAACGGUGUGUAUGUCGACUCUCAGCCCUCCCGGCGAUGACCCAUACGGUUACGAACUUGCCGGCGAGCGGUGGUUACCGGUUCAUACGGUGGAAACGAUUUUGUUGGGUGUGAUUUCUCUUCUUUGGGAACCGAACGACGAGGCGGCGGCAAAUGUGGAUGCCGCGAUUGAAUGGAGGGAGAGAAGGGAUGUGUUUGCGGAGAGGGUUUCGAAUUUGGUGAGGAGAUCACAACGACGAUUUCUGUUCGGGGAAGAAACAGGGGAGGUUCAAUUCUUCUCCGGUGGUGCUAAAUCCUUCUCUGGCGAUGCUACAGAGGCUGGUAAAUUCUUCGGCGGCGAUUCUGCAAAGUUUGACAGAUACUUCUCCGCUGGUUUUACAAAAGCUGAUAAAUCCUUCCAAGGCAGUGCUACAGAGGUUGAUGAUUACUUCUCCGGUGAUGCUAGAAAGGCCGACCAAUACUUCUCCGGUGGUCCAACAAAGAUUGAUCAAUUCCUGUUCGGUACUGCUAAUAAAGACUAUAAACUGCUGUCCAGUGAUUACUCAAAGGUUGAUGAUCAAUUCGGUUCAAAGUGUGAUGAUUCACAGGCUAAUAAAUUUCUGUAUGGUGAGGCUGAUCCAUUGCUGUCCGGUAAUGAUGAAGAGGAUGAUGAUGACGGAGAAGUCAGAAUUGUGAUUUUCGAUUGAAGUUUUGGAAGUGAAGAAAGUUAACCAGAGAUUUAGAGAUAGUUCUUGUGGAUAUGAGGAAGUUUUCAGAUUCAGAGGGUAGAUGCUUUGUCCUGUUCAAUUGCUAGAAUUCCGUAAGGUUGGAUUCCUAGUUUUUUGAUUCCUUCGUUCAGUACUUUCAGUACUUAGUUCACUACUUCAGCCAUUGUUCUCUGUUAUGUGCUGUUCUGUUCUGAAACUCUGUAAAAGAGUUCUUGUGCAGAUAUCUCCAGAGUUCCCCUGAAUUUCAGGCCUAGACAUAUUUUUUUGUGUGUACAAUGCCAUUUCUCCUUCAGUAUGUAUAACAUUUUGCAACAUUUCAUUUAUCUGAGAAAUCUCUCAUCCCAAAAUAAUUGCCUUAUUUUGUUUUUGAGACGGAAAAAUUGCAGCACUUGUAUGUAAAGAAGAUCUCAUUUAAUCGAUAUGUUUUGGUGAACAGAGUUGUAGGGUCAUGGUUGUUUGAACAAUUUACUUGAAAAUCUGCCAACUACUGUUUAAGUUGAUUCACUACAACUUGCCAUUCAUUUUUCUAUGCACUAUUUGUCACAAGAAAAACAAUAUUUUUCUUAGUUGGACAAACUAUCAAAAUUUUCUCUAAAAUUAGAGGUAGUAACAAAACGACUGUACAAAUUAUUUAUCAAAAAAGAAAUUAUUGUACAAAAAACCAAUAUUUUGCUCCAAAUUUAGAAAAAGU